AUGGGGGCCGCGGCGAGCAUCCCUUGGGCAAUCUUCAGCGCGGGCGUGGCGGUCGGGGCGGCGUGGGCGGCGGCGUCUGACGUUGUCAACGACGCCCUCGACUCCGUCCACGACGCGGCUGAGGUGGUGAUGGACUACGUGCGCAUCGCCUCGUCGGCUUACGAUAAAGCCAAGAAAGCCGAGGCAUUUGUCAACGUCCUCAGGGACGGAGUUGUCAAGCCCGUCGCCGGUGUGGCUUCGUCGGCGACGGAGUACCUGCGCACUGCUGCCUCGUCGGCUUUCGAGAAGCUCAAGGCAGCCGCUGCAUUCGUCAAGGACAAAGUCAUCAAGCUGGUGCGCCGCCUGCUUGGCCGCAAGGAAGCCGCUGCGGCGACGCGCGAGGUGGACCGUGCGGCGGCUGCUGCUCACGACGCGGCGGGGCACGACGACGUGCUGUCCAGAGCUUCGGCCUGUGUCGCCGGUUGCCGGCGAUCACUGAGCAGGGCCCUGCCUCCUCCGUCUUCGUCGUCGGCCAUCGUCGUCUCUGCCACCGCACCCGGCUCGCAGCAGGGUUCCGUGGCUGCCCAGCUGGCCGCGCGCGCCGCACGACGGGCUGCGGAGAUGAUGGCUCGCCUUAAGGCCGUGUUCCGGGCGCUGCGUGACACCAUUACUGAGGCCGCUAGGUCCUGCAUCUCCGCCGUCGUAGCCGCGGUGGGCAUAUGUCUCCAGACGAUCGGCGGCGUCGUCACCGCCGCCACCGCCGCCGCGGACGCCUAG